AUGGCCGAACUCCACCCCAUACCCUCCCUACUCGCCCUCUCCGAAGCCGUUCGAAACACGGGUACCGAACUCGAAUCCAUCGGCGGGAAGUUGCACACGCUGGCCGCAGCUCUGGAGAAAGAAGCGACCGUAGAUCCCCCCUCUCUGACCCCCUCUUUGACCUCGCCGUCUUCCACCCCAGUCCAACACGCUGACAGACAGGUGGACGCACAGGGCCUCGCUACCGAGCGCACCUCCCUGCAGUCCCAACUCGCCGCUGCGCAGGCCGCUCUCGCCGCCGCAGAGCAGAAGGCGAAAUCCGCAGCUGCGCCGUGGGGUGUCGAUGUCUGCGUCGGGAUCCGCGCCAGCUCCUCGGACAGUAGCACCGUCUUCCGAAAGAUGGGAUGCUGCACUGGCUGCGGCGAUGCUGUGCCACCCUCCCCUUCCGUCGGCAGAGUCAGCGGAGGGAGUGCAGUGGGAAGCUUAACACCAGCGGGCGAGGCGAGGAGUCAGCUGAGCAAGGCGCUGUCAGAGGUUGCGGAGAGGGCGGAGAAGGCGGCGAGCCAGGUAAGGAGUGCGGCUGCAAGCGGAGGGGCGGGUGGUGGGAGCAAGGCAGUGAGCGUGGUUAGUAGGAAGAGCGGUGGUAGCGGUGUGGGUGCGGGCGGUGGUUCGAGAGCGACUUCGUCGCAUGCAAGUCAGAAGUGA